AUGGACUGGCUCGACAACCUCAAGCGAGCAGAGAUUGUGAGAUUGUGUAAACAACACGGGGUUAAGGUUCAGGGAAAGAACACCGAUCUGGUGGCGAAGUUGAGACCGCUGGUCGUCGGACCGCAGGAGAUGCAGGAAGUGCAGGACCAGGACCAGGAAUGGGAGGUACUUGAUGGUGAUUCUCCUUCUUUACCGAGAGCAAGGACCAUCGAAGUUCUUCCCACGCUGUUCACAGGCACCCAGACAACAACAUUGAUACCCAAAUCGUCGAGUUUAGGAACAGGGAUUUUGAAGUUGGCUAUGGGUAUCAAGCGGGGAUCGGGACGUUCCACACACGCAGAGUUGGCGGAUUUCAAGCCUUCCCUGCCAAAUGAUAGCCUGGAGACGCUCCUCCUCCCGCGUGCACCAGAUGCACAGAGUAUCAACACCAACACCAACAUCGACGGCAGUAUGAUGCAAGUCGACGAGCUCGGACCUCUCCCCGCUCCUCAAUUCGCCAAUACCGAUUCUCCAGCGCAAACAAUCCGACUUGUCUCCUCCCAACGUGCUCAAGACAGUCCCGCUCGGGAAGACCAAAGCCACCAGCUCCUGAGCUCUAUGUUCCCCGUCUUGCCCGAGACCCUCAGGGAGGAAGUGGAUGACGUUCCUCGCAUGUACCCUCCUUUGGACCCAGAGUUACCGGGCGCCUUCCCCGCCCAUGCGGACCAGCAUUCCGUGUUCCCGUCCCCGCGUAGGCUGCACAAGCCAACUGACCCACUCCCCUCCCCCUACAAGCCUGGACAAGGUUAUACGCCCCCUCCCGCGCCCGCGCAGGAGGCGUCAACCCCAUUCCAGUAUAUAUUCGGUUCGCCACAGAGGGGAGUAUCGAAGGCGGAGUUUACGAAAGUGACGCGAAACGUACUGGACGAGCUCAACAAGCGGGUUGUCGCAGCGGGAGGUAAAGCGGUCCCUACUAAAAGCUUUGGCGGGGACUGGGAGAGUAUCGCGGCGGUGGAAAGCGCUGGGCAAGAAGAACAGUCGAAGAAGACAAGGUUUGAGAAGAGUCAUCAGAAAGGCUUCAAUUUGAUGGACUCUAUCGCUACCCACUAUGCAGCUCGCAGGCCGGAGUCUCGUGUUGGUGUGAGGGAAGAACAACCACAAGCUCAGAAGAAACGCAAGUCUACCCAUCCGAUCUCUGCUCCUUCUCGCGCGCCUACUGGUUCUACGACAGCAGGAGCGGCUAAACGGAGCGAAGAUGGAGAAGAGGACGAAGGCGCGCAAAGGGCCAAAAGGCGGAAGAUGCAGGAAGGGACUAGCGAAGCACCAACCGCUGUCCCGGGAGGGAAAGCGGAAGUCUGGGUGAGGGUGAGGGACACCCCUGCUCAGAGGAGGAAGUUAGACUCGGCUCUCAGGAGGCGGUCGUUAACUCGCCGGCCGAGCCUGCCUCGCUUGCCGGUGGACCUUUUGUCGACUACCGGAGGGGGUACGGGCACUACGGCUGGGACGGGAACAGCGACGACGGCUGCACCUGGGAAACCGACUUUCUUAGGCCGGACCGCGAACGCUUUCAAAGGUGUUUUCUCCACCGGCCCAGUUAGCACAGUCGCCGGGACAACGGUAAAGGCAGGGAUGAAAGUGAUGCCUGUACCUCCCGCGCCGAGGAUGUUGAACCUCCUAGAAGUGCCAGUCUCAGCGACCUCCGGGUCAGGCGGGAGUGCGCAGGGUGGUGACAAGCACGGCCAUCCCAGCAAGCAGGAGAAGAAACACGAGCCCAAGAACGUCCUUCCUCCAACUGCGCUCCCUGUACCGGUUCCGAAUGUGACGAAGAAAGGUUAUGCAGGGCUUUCGGCUGCUCAAGGUCGGCCCUUGGCCGUGGCCGGGAGGACACCGUCGGCUUCGCGCGCUGAUACAAGGCGUACCGCCAGUAACAGCUCGACUAACAGUACGGGCGCGACGAAACAGCGCAUCCCCUCCGGGCCGGUGCGGAAGGUUCCCCCCACAUUCCAUGAUAAGGGCGACAAGGAGAACAUGCCAUUUUUCCCUGCUACGCAGGUGGCUAAGAACGACGCAUUCAGGGCACAUGCUGCGAUGAAAGAGAUACAAAUGAACAAGGGCGAACGCGAACCACCUCUGACAGCCAAGAAAUCUACUCUACAUGCACCUACAAUCUCUUCUCUGGCGCGUAUGCAAGCUACGCUGCGGCCUGAAGAGCCGUUCUCCCCCUUCCGUCCCCCCACGGAGGCGCAAGCUUUCCCCACCCCAAAGACUGGCGUUCCCCGCACCCCUCUGACCAUCCGAUCUAAGCGAGGCCUGCCGACCGCCUCCGUCCCCCGCCCCGGGUCACUCAGGUUCUCCUCCCCUCUUAAGCCCUUCUUCCACCAUCUUUCUCCUGCAAAGCCUUCUCCUUCCAAAACGGGCUUGAAGCGUAAACCGAGGAUCUCGCGCGCUCACGUCAUCAGCAAGCUUAACGAGAGGCGCAAUGCUGCUGCUGCUGUUGGAACCCCAUCGCCUAGGAAACAUUCACUCGCAACUAGGACCUCCUCCAGGCGGUCUCUGGGACUCAAGGCUGCUGCCGGGCUUGCUCGUCCGAACAUGGAGCUCCAAAGAAGGGCGAAGCAGAGCGAAAUCGCCAGAAGGAAGAGUAUCAGAGCUCUCAACUCUCCUGUCAAACGGCAGGAAAUCGGUAUUGCCCUCUAG